GUUUUCUAUAUUACUAAGAGAAUCCUUCAAAAGAUAUCCUCAAGUAUCGAAAUCGAACUAUUCAUAUUUUUUUUAUUUCCUCUCUACUGUCCUAAUCAUACGUAAACCAAGUCCCUCAUAUGUGCCCGCCUUUUACCUCUACCUAAAACUUCCAUUAUGCCUUCUAACCAAAUCCCCAUUAACGCCGUCUACUAUCCCAGCUGGCGAGUCUACAAGGACUUGCCUCCUUCAUCCCUCCAGCUCGACUACAUCGACCGCAUCCUCUACGCCUUCGUCCUUCUAAACGAGGACGGGACCCUGAGAUUUCUGGACGAGUUCGCAGACUUGAACAAAGACGUCGACGGGGAGAAGGGCUGUCUGCGCGCCCUGGCUAAGCUAAAGCAGCAGAAACCAAAUCUCAAGACUCUAGUCUCGAUCGGCGGUGGCAGUGGCAGCGCCGAGUUCCCGGCCAUGGCUGCGAGCCCUGCUAGUCGUGCCACAUUCGCUAGAUCAUGUAAGGAAUUCGUAGAACAGUACCAGUUCGACGGCGUCGACAUGGACUGGGAGUACCCAACAACAAAGGAAGCAGGAAAGAACUACAUUGCCGUGCUCCGCGAAUUGAGGGAAGCCUUGCCCUCGUCGCAGUAUCUCCUAACUACUGCCUUGCCCACUGGAGAAUACUAUUUGAAAAACAUCAACAUACGUGCGGCAAGGAAGCUUCUCGAUAACCUCAAUUUGAUGGGCUACGACUUCACUGGCUCGUGGACUGACGUGGCAGGGCAUCACGCGCAACUCUUACCCCAACUAGGUCCGCAGGGCCACGUAUACCCAGCACUGCGGAAUUCUUGUCACCAGGGUGUCGAGUACCUAGUAUCGCAUGGUUUCCCCGUCCACAAGAUCAUACUGGGCGUGCCAGCGUACGCAAGGUCCUUCGCGGGGGCCCGCGGGGUAGGACAGCCGUUCCAGUCAGUUGCGGAAAUGGAUUACAACGAUCUACCGAGCGAGUGGAUCAGAGACGCAACUAUCGACCAUCACGUCGUGGCUGCGAGUUAUGUCGACGGUACGGGUAAAGGGUUCGUCAGCUUUGACGUCCCAGAGACGGUCAGACGGAAAGCCGACUAUGUGAAGAGGGGGAGGCUGGGUGGUUUGUUCUACUGGACCGGGGUUGGCGACGUAAAGGGGCCCGAGAGCUUGGUCCGAGCUGGGUUUGAAGAGCUGAACGGAAGUAGUUCUUGAGGUUUGUCCGGCCUUGAUGAAGGGAUGCCUCCAAUGCCCAGUUAUCUCUUCUGAAUAGUUUAAAUCCACGUCAAACUGUACCUAGUUAGUUUAUCACCUAAGUUUGGAUUACUGUAAACACGUCAUUGGCCCCUAGGUAACUCAAAAGAUAUCCGCUGUUUCUGGACGAAAACAUGGAGCCGUACGGAGAGAAGCCUUAGGUAAUUUCCUAGUAUAAACAACUCC